AUGGACUCUGCCCGGCAGUCGCGUCUCAAAUCGAAUCCAGUAGAGCAGAAGCAAGGGGAACCUGAGGCCACGAACGAACAACACGUAUUCCCCUCCAUCUCUGAGGACCUAAAGCCUUUGGAGCGCCUGCAACAGCUCGUUAACAACCGACCUACCACUGAAUCCGGGGAUCUUCCUCGGCACUUGGUCGUUUGCGUCUCCCCACAUGGUUCACGACGACCGAUACCUGAAGAGGACAGCGGGUUUGACAUCAUCCCAGCCAACAUAGACUGCACGUUCACAGAAGGAUCCUUCACCUUUCAACCGGAUGGCUCCAAUGUCCUCGUUGGGUUGCAGGAGUGGGAAGACAUCUCUCCCGUGGAAAUCGUCGGUGGAACGUUCACGUUCAAGGGACUAACGUCGCCCCGCCAGCAUCACACCCUUUCCCGAGCGCUUCGACUCGCAGUGUACAUCCAAACGUCUCUCAUUCUCGAACAGAGCUUGCUCAAGGACCUGAACGUUCCUCUCACGUACCCCAAAGCUAGGGCCAGGGUGGCGUCGACGUCAACACCCAUGAGACAGAUGUCUUUGGGCCCGGAACAUGACCCCACUACCAGAGCACGCGGCUCCCUCCUGCCUGGCGGAUUUCUGGGCCUGUUCUCCCGCAAGUCCAUCAGUCGGCUGGCUCGAUCCAACACCGUUGCUCGCAGCGACUCCACGGACCCCGAAAGCCAGGGCACAUCCCCCACUAGGGAACACUUCAUUCGAUCCUCCUUUGACCCAGGGUCCGUGUUUCGUCGAUUAUCCCUACUCGGCGAUAGAGGUGCAUCGGCUCGGAGAGCUCUGGAGACGGUGGCAGAGAAUGACCCUCCUUUUGCGUCAGCUGUCAAACGCAUCCAAGCCAGUCGGAGCUGCCUCUCCACAUCGUCAGGGGUCGUGUUUGACCCUCCGAUGCUCCUCGUCUAUUUAUCCGAAAAGGAGAAGUUGCAUCCCAAGCGUCGUCUGAAGGGAGAUGAGAAGAACAUCACACCCACCAUCUGUCCGCAUACCUCGGUUCCUUCAAGGACACUCUCAGACCUCAGGUUUAACAUCAUCCGGAACUUUGCAACCUCCCAAGGCUCUAUAUCAUUUUCGCUCUCCUCAGUUGAAGAUAUCUUCGAAUUGAGGGUCCCCCGAAUACAAAUCUCGAAGCUGGCAGAGAGGAUAUCAAGAACCCCUACCGAAUCGAGCGUGACGUCCUUGGAAUUACCGUCCACGGAAGACGAGAAGAAGGCCCUUCGUAAAGAGAUUCGGCGGUGGUGGGAAGGCGUCUCUGAUCACAUUGACUCUUUGGAGGAGAUAUUAUCCGACCCUGACACUCGGCAGAAUCCUCGACACAAGUCCCUACCGCGUUUACCCUCCGCUGACGACGCAUAUGACGUCUUUGAGGGCGACCCAUCGUCAGUACCCCUGCCACCCGCCACAGCGGUCACUCCAGCGCCAGUGGUACCAAGUCCACAAGGCGAUUACUUUGGCAGCCAUAUUUCGGAAGCCAAAACGGAUGCGACGGGAGAGUCUGUGAGCUCAGGAGGAUCAGAGAGCACCGUGACGACGCCCGCUGUGGGUCCCUCCAUUCCGCCCAAAGACGAUUCGGCGCAGAGGCUUGCGGCUUUACGGCAAUACUUACAGCGUCUGGAGCAGUCCCUCUAUAUCCAGCUUGCCAAUACUCCCUUGUCAUCUUUGAAUGAUGUCCGACGGUCAUUCCUCUCCGCUGCGAAGGGGACCCAGAAACGGCUUGCGGCAUGGCAGAAGAAGCAUUUGGGGUCCAAGGUUUCGAUGGUUCGUCAGCUAGAAGGGAAUGAACCUGAGUGGUGGAAGAAGGGGUGUCACGCUGUUCCUGGAGCUAAUAUCAUCGUUCGUGAAGAUGAUUGGGGGAGCAUAAUCGCCUUUACGUUGAGCACGGCGGACUAUCACAACGAGCUUACCAACCUUAGUUUUAAUCGACCACCCCUGAGAACCUCAGCGUCGGAAUCAUCUAUCCCGAGCAGCACCGGCGCCCCCUCCUCGUUCUUUUCAGUCGCUUCAGGCUACAAGUUCUUCUCGCCUACCAUCCAACCAGAUCCUGACCAGGACGAUGAUGCCGCAUGGAACGAGCAGGAGUCCUAUUCCGCCAUCAUCACGCGCAAAGAGCACAUUCGCGAUCCUACCUCAAUCUUAUCAAUUCGCGACGUAUUGCGCAAGGCGAACCCUCCCGCUGAUUCUGUGUCGGUAAAGAGCGCAACUGCCACCCCCAGUUCUUCCCAGUCUACACCGACCACGCGGGCGAAGCCUGAUGUUGGAUUGAACAUGCAGGCUGUUGGUGGGCAGGUGUUGGCUGGGAAUGAGUCGGUAGAGAAGCUCCUGCAGGAACUGGAACAUCUACCGACUUCGCGACCGCCAUCUCGUCCUCCAUCUGUCCUCGAGUCCGACACUCCCUCUCCGAGCCUGACGCCCGUACCAAAAGAAGACCGAGGUUCGACUUCAUCUGAUUCUACUGGGCAAGAGUCGGAUACCACGAUCGGGGCCAAUGGUAACGCGCAACCUUCGACCUCGACUGACGCGCCGGCUGUACCCCAGAAGGAGCCACCCAAGCCCCCUCCGAAAGACGAACCGCCUGCUCCACCGCCCAAGACACCGCCGACGGCUGCAUCGUCCUUCUUCGCCAGUACGUUUGCGUCGACCUUUGGUUCAGCGGUUCGAUAUGUGAUGAGUUCGGCUGAACCGUCGCGGCCGACAUCCCCCAUUCCUCCCGGGAAGCACCAUACACUUCUGAAUGCGGACUUUGAGACCAUCGACGAUCGACCUCAUAUCAAGUAUGAUUGGACGAUCGGCAAGAGGCUCAAGUUUAGCUGUACGGUGUAUUACGCGAAGCAGUUUGAUCUUUUGAGGAAGAGGUGUGGGAUUGAUGAUAUCUAUGUGAAGAGUCUCUCGAGGAGUGCGAAUUGGGCUGCUGAUGGGGGGAAGAGCAAGUCUAAUUUUUGGAAGACGAGUGAUGAUAGGUUUAUUAUCAAGACGCUUGUGAAUGCGUGGAAUGUGGCGGAUUUGCAGUUCUUGAUUGAGUUGGCACCGGCGUAUUUCCGAUAUAUGGAUUCCACGGCUAACAAGGCGACCGCUCUGGCGAAAAUGUUGGGAUUCUAUACCAUCGAGAUUCGGAACCUUGAGACGGGCGCUGUACAGUCUAAAGUUGACUUGCUUGUCAUGGAGAACCUGUUCUACGACCAGCAGAUUACCAAGACUUUCGAUCUGAAGGGUAUACAAGGCCGGAAGGUGAAGACUACAAACAAGGCAGGGGGGACGACGAAGACCUUGUUUGAUGGGGAGUGGAUUGAAGAUCAACAGCGCACGUUGAUGCUCGUCCGGCCCCACUCGAAGCGAGUCCUUCGAGAGGCAAUCCGGAGUGAUGCCGAGUUCCUUGCAAAGUGCAACAUCAUGGACUAUUCGCUCCUUUUGGGCAUCGAUGAAGGCAAGAAGCAGAUUUCUUGUGGGUUGGUGGAUACUAUAGGAAGCUACACCUUUGCGAAGACUUUAGAGUACAAGGCGAAGCAUCUACAGUCUGGCAAAGACGUCACUGUGAUCCCGCCGGCCGAUUACCAGGAACGAUUUGUCCAUGCUUUGGAGGGAUAUUUUGUUGCUUGUCCAGAUAAAUGGUCUAAACCUAUGGACGAGUCGAAGAUCAUCAGCGACCCUGACCUCCUUCCCAGUGCCCUGUAACGGCAAGAACGAGGGUUAUUAUGGAUUCGCGUACUCCUUUUGUCCUUUUUACCACCUCAUGACGUUUUUAAACACGCAUUCAUGGACUUUCAGCUCUAAACAUUUGUAAAUUAUCCUGCAUGUUUCCUGUGUAUUCCAUGCUCUGUAUGUCGCUGUGCUCAGGUCUUUUGUUUGGUACU